AUGAAAACCCACAACUAGGAUGCCCCCCUCGUCUAAUGACGUCAGAUCCAAUCCCACAAUGCCUAGUAACACGCAGGCGCAGUGUAAAAAAUUUAAAAAAAAACAAAAAAAAUAAGACAGCUAUCUGUGAUCAGAGAUGGCGGGCGCCUCCGACCCCCUGGAAGAUAUGCUGUUUUCAGAGGUGGACGAAAAAGCCGUGAGCGACCUAGUGGGCUCACUGGAGUCCCAGCUCGCCGGACAAAGCAACCUAGCAGGCAAAGCAGACGAGAACGGAGGCGCUGGCUCAGUGGCCCCCGCUAACCAUCACUUAGGGAAAACGCUACCAGCUCCAGUGGGCACAACAACACUAGAACAACAACAACAAGGACGGCGUAAUAAACCCGAGAUGCGCCAGGAGAUCAACUCAAAAGACGUCAGCCCGGCUAAAACUGUCACGUCUCCUUCCUCGGACUCCACCGCUUUUUUCGGCGAGCCGCCCGCCGCCUCGGCAGCCCGCGCGAACGCCACGAGCACCAGCAGCUCGCAAUCACAUGGAGCAUCCAUCACAACACUGACUGCCUCCGGCGCGACAACUUUGGUGGCGCCGGCCAGCAUCAGCACCGCAUCCAGCCGGGGGUCUAAGGUCAGCCCGGUCUCGUGCGGGACGUCGGCGGAGGAAGCUAGCCCGCCGAGGAAACGCAUGAGCACGCUGCGGAGGACCGCCUCGGCUCGGAUAAAGAGUUUGAACGGUGCGACGACGACGACGACGACGACGACGACGACGAGAAGGAGCAGCAACCCGGCGGUGGCUGAGAGCGCGAGCUCCAUGGACGCCGGCGCGACGACGCCGAACUCCGCUCGAGCGGCGACGUCCUCGAUCACCAGCUCGACUUUCACCCUGUCGAAGGCUAACCUCCCCGCGGGUCAGUCGGCUAUCGCUCUGGACCGGGGGACUCCCACCAUUGCGCUGCACAGACUCCCGAGUCACAUUGUCGCGAGCAUAGCCCAGAACGGCAGCGGGACCAGUGUUUCGGCCUUGGUCCAGCAGGGCGCUCGCGCAGGAGCCACCAUCACCACCACGGUCACCACCACCUCCACCUCCCCCUCGGCUUCACAGGGGAACCACAGCUCCGGGUCUUCCAAAACAGACGACUGCCAGUCCAACAUUGUAAUGUCUAGCCAGUCUGGCAGUGUCAACUCCGUAAUAAACACUGUCUCCGCUGUCGUCACGGCAACAACAACCACCACAACCGCAGCUGCAGCAGCCACAUCGUCCACAACGGUGACCCAGCCUUCGAGCUCCGCUCCGGCCGCCGCCUGUGUCGCGGCGGCGGCGGCAGCGAGUACCGCGUGCGGAACCGGUCCGACCGCGUCGGUGACGACCGCUGUCAGCAUGGUCAGGCCCACGCUGCCCUCCCCAACGCCCGCCGCGGCCACCGCCGCGCAGACUCAAAACCGUCCCGGCCUCGCAGCGCCUCCGAGGAUCGUCGCCCCCCAACUGAUCGUCAGACCGCCUCAGCAGCAGACGACCAUUCAGCUGCCCCCGGGGUUCACCAUCCCACCGGGGAUGGUUCUGGUACGCACAGAGCUCGGCCAGCUAGUGAUGGUUCCUCAGCAGGCUCUGGCUCAGGCCCAGGCCCAGGCCCAGGCCCAGGCCCAGGCUCAGGCUCAGGCCCAGGCCCAGGCCCAGAACAACAUCUCUCCACGGCCUGCCACCCCGACAACAGGAACCUCCUUCAGAGUAACAACGCCUCAGAAGGUCCCCGCGGCGCCGACCGUGGCAGUGGCGGCUCCGCAGCAGACCCCCGUGGUGGCGGCGGCCCCCCAAGCCCCGGCCCAGGCAGCCUCCCAGCCUCCGCAGCCUCCGCAGACGGGCAUCGCCUCGAACCCCGGAGGUCCCAUCGUGUCCCAGGAAAUGCAGGAGAAUGUCAAGAAGUGCAAGAACUUCCUGGCCACGCUCAUCAAGCUGGCGUCCCACAACUCUCCGUCCCCUGAGACCUCCAAGAACGUCAAGUCUCUGGUCCAGGACCUGCUGGAUGCCAAGAUCGAGCCGGAGGAGUUUACCAGCCGGCUGCAGACUGAGCUCAAGUCGUCUCCGCAGCCGUACCUGGUGCCCUUUCUCAAGAAGAGCCUCCCGGCCCUGAGGCUGUCCCUGCUGAACAGUCAGCACUCCGUGACCCCGCAGCAGGGAGUCAAACCGGCGCCCGGCGGCCCCCCUCCCGCCUUCGCGGCCGGGCCAGCUGUCCGCGUGCGCCACCCCAACAGCGUCAGCAUCACGACGGGUGCCGGCGCUCUGCCCGCCGGGACGCUGGGACAUGCAGCUGGCGUGGGUAUCAAGACGGCAGGCACCGUCGGGGGCCACGUCCGGAUGCCCGUGGUGAUCACGCAGUCCUUCAGGUCGCCAGGCACAAUGGGGAAGGGAGGCCUCAUCCAAGCGGGCAAAAGUCCCGUGGGCCCGGCUGCUGUUCAGAUUUCUGGGAAUCAGAAAAACAAGCUCAACGACCCCGGAGGAGGUUCUUUCAGGGACGAUGACGACAUCAACGACGUGGCCUCCAUGGCCGGGGUGAACCUGAACGAGGAGAGCGCGAGAAUACUCGCCACCAACUCUGAGCUAGUGGGAACGCAUAUCCGCUCGUGCAAAGAUGAGGCCUUUCUCCACCCGGGCCUGCUCCAUCGACGAAUUCUGGAAACGGCCAAGAAGUUCGGGGUCACAGAGGUCCCAAUGGAGGCGGUGACGUUCAUCUCACACGCCGCACAGUCACGACUUCGAACUGUGGUAGAAAAGGUUUCUACCAUCGCGCAGCACCGACUGGACUCCUGUAAGGAGGACGAGUGCUACGAGCAGUCGGCAGACGUUCGCUCCCAGCUGCGCUUCUUCGAGCAGCUGGAGAGAAUGGAGAAGCAGAGGAAGGACGAGCAGGAGAGGGAGAUCCUGUUGAAAGCCGCGAAAAGUCGCUCCAGGCAAGAGGACCCAGAGCAAGCUCGGCUGAAACAGAAAGCCAAGGAGAUGCAGCAACAGGAACUGGCGCAGGUCAGGCAGCGGGAGGCCAACCUCACAGCACUAGCCGCCAUUGGACCCCGCAAGAAGCGCAAAGUGGAUUCACCGGGGACAACCCCAUCAGGGACCGAGGUUUCAGGCAGCACGGCGAGCUCCCCGGCCAGCUCCUCCAGCCCGUCCGCCUCAUCGCGGCAGUAUGCGCGGCAGCGCAUCACCCGCGUCAACCUCAGGGACUUAAUUUUCUACAUGGAGCAGGAGAGAGAGACCGCCCACUCCCUCCUCCUCUACCGCGCCCUGCUCAAGUAGCCUCCGCUCAGCGCCCGACCUCAGCCUCCUCCUCUUCCUUCCCAGCCACGUGCCUUCAGAUCAGGUCUAAUGUUUCAGUUCUGUGUCUCCAUAUGUACUGUAGUGACGCUUGACGUAUCUUUUAAUAAGAAGGGAUUUUGAGAGAGAGAGAGAGAGAGAAAAAAAUGAAAGCUUUGUUCCGCGUCUUCUCAGUUUUAGAUUCAAGUUGUGGAGGAAGAUUGGAUUCUUUGUGUUGGAAGUUGAUUUCGUCCGAGGUACAAAGCGGUUAUCGUGACCGCGUGUGACGGGCAUCUAUUUAUUUGACGUGGUUGGCAGUUUAGCUUCAAUGAACAAACCUCAAAGCGAGAGACCUGUGUACGCAGGUUCUCCGCGAGCUCUUUGUUGAACUAGUUCAAUGAAUGUAGUUUUAGCUCAGUAAACGAGCGAUUUCUGCGCCGAGACAUCGUUGUGAAACAUUAGGAUUCCGAAUAACAGCAUCACGAUCAAUGCCCCCCCCCCCACACACACACACACACUCACACACACUGUACGUGUAAAUAGUUCUUAUUGAAUUAUUUGACAGCAUGUAUAUUUUUAUCACACGUAAGCUUUGUGGGGGAAAGGAAUCACCCACGUGUCAUUGCGAUGUUUUUGUAAGGCCGUGUGAUUCGAAUGAGUCCGAAUUAGACGGUUUGUUCUAUUCACCUGUAUUUCCCAUUUAGUGACCUUUCUCUGUGAAGGUCACUAAAAUCAAAAUCAUCACCAGUUUCUGAUUGGUCACCAGUAUUUUAUUUUUUUUUUACCCACGCAUAAUGUGAACAUUGUUUUUAUGACUAGAUGUUUGUACAUCGCGCUCACCUCUUGAAAAACGUCCGUGGUAGGUUGUGGUUGAUACUGUGGGGG